GCAACAGCAAACUCCCGUGUCCCUCCGACACAAACGCGUAUAGUUUCCCGCUACAACUUGCGGAUUCUAGUGCCUUCUGUGCUGGUUGGCAGUGGUUGGCUGCGGGCUCUCGUUGGACAUUGCUUGCAGUCCAGGUGCGUAGUGGGGCAGUAAUAAUAGAGUGGUUAGUUACUUAUUAGUUACUGUACGCAGCGUAUGUACGGAUACACCAGGUGUUUUGAUGGGGGCAUCGCAUCGGAUACAGAACAACAUAAAUACAGAUAAAUACCAACCAUAAAAGCCUCAACUUCUCCUUUCUACAAACCCCAACAUCUUCUCCUAUUUCUAUUUCCCCCUCCUCCUACACUUGAUACAUCUCUGAUAUACCUCUGUAUAACCUAUUCACUCCAGUUGUCCUCUCAAUCACAAGUAAGUGCUGUCUCUCUUGUAUAUUUCCCAUGCUCGUCCCAUUACCCCGCCACCCCACCUUCGAUGUCCUCAAUAUGCUCUAUUAUCGACAACAACACGAGCGAAUACGUCGUUGCUGAAUGACAUUGAAGGCUCUUCCCAAGGAUUGAGCUUGACAACUGGUCAUUCUGGGAAGAAUUGGUGGUGAAAGAAACUCGUCCUCCUCCCUAGUCUGUUUGAGGCUCUCCGGUGAACGGAAUUAGAAGCUUCCGCAGGCAAGAAAAAGGAUCCCGCGUGUCUCUUUCUCUCAUCCCGUCAACAUUGUGAUAUUCUUUUCUCACUCUCUCCAAAUACUGGAUCCCCACGCAAUUAACUAAUUGUUUUGGCCUGCAGAAUCCCUACAGAUUGAAUAGAAAAUGGCUAUUACCAAGGUCCACGCCCGCUCCGUCUACGACUCUCGCGGAAACCCCACCGUUGAGGUUGAUGUCGUGACUGAAACCGGCCUCCACCGCGCCAUUGUCCCAUCCGGUGCCUCGACUGGUCAACAUGAGGCCUGUGAGCUUCGUGACGGUGACAAGACAAAGUGGCUCGGAAAGGGUGUAUUAACCGCUGUCAAGAACGUCAAUGAUGUCAUUGGUCCCGCCCUCAUCAAGGAGAACAUUGAUGUUAAGGACCAGUCCAAGGUCGACGACUUCCUGAACAAGCUCGACGGAACCCCGAACAAGGCUAAACUUGGUGCCAACGCCAUCCUUGGUGUCAGUUUGGCCAUUGCUAAGGCCGGUGCCGCUGAGAAGGGUGUCCCUCUCUACGCCCACAUUUCCGACCUUGCCGGCACCAAGAAGCCAUAUGUCCUCCCUGUUCCGUUCCAGAAUGUGUUGAACGGUGGUUCUCAUGCUGGUGGCCGUUUGGCUUUCCAGGAAUUUAUGAUUGUCCCAAGCACCGCGCCGUCAUUCUCCGAGGCUCUGCGACAAGGUUCGGAGGUAUAUCACAAACUGAAGGACCUCGCCAAGAAGAAGUAUGGACAAUCUGCCGGCAACGUUGGCGAUGAGGGUGGUGUUGCCCCCGACAUCCAAACCGCAGAGGAGGCUCUGGACCUGAUCACCGACGCCAUUGAGCAGGCCGGAUACACCGGCAAGGUCAAGAUUGCCCUUGACGUCGCGUCGAGCGAAUUCUACAAGGCCGAGGAGAAGAAAUAUGACCUUGACUUCAAGAACCCAGACAGCGAUAAGAGCAAGUGGCUCACGUAUGAGCAGCUGGCAGAUCUGUAUAAGAAUUUGGCUAGCAAGUACCCCAUCGUCAGCAUUGAGGACCCCUUCGCUGAGGAUGACUGGGAGGCCUGGAGUUAUUUCUUCAAGACCGCUGAUUGUCAAAUCGUCGGCGACGACAUCACCGUUACAAACCCCAUCCGCAUUAAGAAGGCCAUUGAGCUCAAAGCCUGCAACGCCCUCCUCCUCAAGGUAAACCAAAUCGGCACCUUAACCGAAUCCAUCCAGGCUGCCAAGGACUCCUACGCUGCCGGGUGGGGCGUGAUGGUCUCCCACCGCUCCGGCGAGACGGAGGAUGUCACCAUUGCCGAUGUCGUCGUCGGUCUGCGUUCGGGCCAGAUCAAGACGGGCGCUCCCGCGCGCUCAGAGCGACUGGCGAAGCUUAAUCAAAUUUUGAGAAUUGAGGAGGAGUUGGGUGCUAAUGCAGUGUACGCGGGGGAGAAGUUCCGGAAUGCUGUGGAGAUGUAGAUUGGGAAAAGAAUUUCCUUAAUUAUUAUUUCAUGAGAUUAUUGGGCUGGAGAAAAUGUUAGGGAGGAUAUGGGGGACAAAAAUAUCUAUCAUGACGUGAUGGCAUGAGUUCAAGGAGGCACUUAUUCUUGUUCCCUCUUUUGCCCAAACUACUUGCCAUGUCGUUCAGCUGAGCUGAGGGGUCUCUCGGACAUGUAACUAAGUUAAUAAGAUGCAAGCUAAAUUAUGAUUUUAAAAGGGAACUGAAAAUUUAAAAUAUAUAUCUUCUUCAAGUAACUAUUACCUGUGGGAGUUAUCCCCUCAUCUGGCAGCGAGGACAGUGGACACAAUUAGUGAAAUACUAUUAGUUAGUGUAACAACUAAGCUGUUAACGUAAUCAACCACCUAACGCUCGUUUCCACCUAACGCUCGC